CACAGCGACACGCUCCACAGGCAGAUGACUAUAAUAUAGUCCACAACUUCUCCCUCAUCUCCUAACCUCGCAUUUGCCCACCUAUCAUAUCCCUAUCUAGCUAGUGAUGAAGCAUAGAGAGUAAAGUGGGAGUUUUUGUGAAUAUACACUUAUCAUCCACCGGAAUAAAAACAGAACUCCUCUACUCUUGGUCAGUACCAUGGCUACCCAAUCCCACCAACUCCACUUUGUCUUGUUUCCCUUGAUGGCUCAAGGACACAUGAUUCCUAUGUUUGAUAUCGCCAAAAUGUUGGCGCACCAUGGUGUCAUUGUCACCAUAGUCACCACACAGCUUAAUGCAAAGCGAGUUGCCGUUCCUCUUGCUCGUGCAGCAGAAUCCGGGCUCCAGAUAAAGUCCGUUGAAAUUCAGUUUCCUUGUCAAGAAGCAGGAUUGCCAAAUGAGAUCGAGAAUUUUGACAUGCUUCCUUCACUAGGCUUAGGCUAUGAGUUAUUCAUGGCAGCUAAUAUGCUACGAGAGCCGGUCGAAAGAUUGUUUGAAGUGCUAACACCAAGACCGAGUUGCAUAAUCUCGGAUAUGUGUCUGCCCUACACAAGUGAUGUGGCAACCAAGUUCGGUAUUCCAAGAAUCUCUUUCAAUGGGUUCUCUUGCUUUUGUACCCUGUGUUUGCACAACAUACAAAUUAACAAGGUUCUUGAGAGAGUAAACUCUGAAUCGGAGAUUUUCGUUGUGCCUGGACUGCCUGAUCAUAUUGAAUUGACCACAAACCAGCUUCCUUAUGCCAUGUUAGAUGUAAAAGAUUUUUCUGCUCAAGUUUCAGGUGCUGAGAUGCUGAGGUAUGGGUUUAUUAUUAAUUCAUUUGAAGAGUUAGAGCCAGCAUACGUUCAAGAAUACAAAAGGGCAACAGGAGGUAAAGUUUGGUGCGUUGGUCCAGUUUCUGUAUGCAACAAAGACGACAUAGACAAAGUUCAAAGAGGUGACAAAUCCUCAAUUGAUGAAUCGGAGUGCUUGAAGUGGCUUGAUUCACAGCAACCAAGGUCUGUAAUAUAUGUUUGUCUUGGUAGUCUCUGUAAUCUAAUAACCCCACAACUGAUGGAGCUCGGGUUGGGCUUGGAAGCAUCAAACAAACCAUUCAUAUGGGUUACAAGAGGUAGAGAAAAAUCAAAAGAAUUGGAGAAUUGGUUUGAAGAGAACGGUUUUAAGGAGAGGACAAAAGGGAGAGGCCUCAUAAUUCAGGGCUGGGCACCACAAGUUGCAAUACUAUCACAUUCAGCAAUUGGAAGCUUCCUAACGCAUUGUGGCUGGAAUUCAGUUCUAGAAGGUAUAUCCGCAGGCUUGCCGAUGGUUACAUGGCCACUUUUCGGAGACCAGUUUUGUAAUGAGAAGUUAGUUGUCGAAGUGUUGAAGAUUGGUGUAAGGGUUGGGUCAGAGGUUACUUUAAGAUGGGGAGAGGAAGAGAAAUUUGGGGUGUUGGUGAAAAAGGAACAGGUAAAGAACGCUGUAAACACUCUUAUGAAUGAUGGAGAGGAAAGUGAAGAGAGAAGAAGAAGAGUUCAAGAGCUUAGAAAGAUGGCAUACAAAGCAGUGGAAGAAGAGGGCUCUUCUUAUCUCAGCAUGAAACUGCUUAUUGAAGAUAUCAGGGAGCGCACAUUUUUUAAGUAACCAGCGUAAUACUAUCUGAAUUCCCAUUUCAUUUCAUACGAAAUUGGUUAAGACUUAGCAUUAGUUUUCUGUGAUAA